UUGGCGUUCGGCGAUUUCGGCCUGGUGGCCCUGGAACACAAAUGGAUCACCAAUCGGCAGAUCGAGGCCGCCCGAGUGGCGAUGACCCGUCACGUGAAGCGUGGCGGCAAGGUAUGGAUCAGGAUCUUUCCUGACAUGCCGUACACCAUGAAGCCAGCCGAGACCCGUAUGGGCAAGGGCAAGGGAAACGUGGAAUACCAUGUCGCGCCGGUCAGGCGCGGGACGGUGAUGUUCGAGUUGGCCGGGGUGGAAGACGGUCUGGCGCGGGAAGCGCUCACGCUGGCCGGCAGCAAGCUGCCGAUCAAGACUACGAUCUGUGCCCGCGGCAGCCUGUUUGCAGCACAGGCAUAG